UUCAUCAAUUCCAAAAAAUCCCAAAGUCCACAGCGAAAUCCCAAAUUUGUUCUUCACAUAAUCUCCCAAUCCACCUCGCCUCCAAAAUCCGUCUCGAAAUCGAGCUGAAAUCGACCAAUUCGGCCGCCGGGAAAGUUCAAUUAUUUAUGAUCGGCGACGAUGUAUAGCAAUUUCAAGGAGCAAGCGAUCGAGUAUGUUCGGCAAGCCGUCGCCGAGGAUAACGCCGGAAACUACGCCAAGGCUUUCCCUCUCUACAUGAACGCGCUCGAGUAUUUCAAGACGCACCUCAAGUACGAGAAGAACCCUAAGAUUAAGGAGGCGAUCACGCAGAAAUUCACCGAGUACCUGCGUCGGGCGGAGGAGAUCCGCGCCGUGCUCGACGAGGGGGGAUCGGGCCCCGCCGCGAAUGGGGAUGCGGCGGUGGCGACGCGCCCGAAGACCAAGCCCAAGGAUGGGAAGGACGGUGAGGGGGAGGAUGGCGAUAAGGAGAAGCUUCGGGCCGGGCUCAACUCGGCGAUUGUUAGGGAGAAGCCCAAUGUUAAGUGGAAUGACGUGGCUGGAUUGGAGAGCGCGAAGCAGGCACUGCAGGAGGCUGUGAUUCUCCCCGUGAAGUUCCCGCAGUUCUUUACUGGUAAGAGGCGUCCUUGGAGGGCUUUUCUUUUGUAUGGUCCUCCUGGAACGGGAAAGUCAUACUUGGCCAAGGCUGUUGCCACUGAAGCUGACUCAACAUUUUUCAGUGUCUCUUCUUCAGACUUGGUUUCAAAAUGGAUGGGUGAAAGUGAAAAGCUAGUCUCUAAUCUCUUUCAAAUGGCACGUGAAAGUUCUCCCUCAAUCAUAUUUGUUGAUGAAAUAGAUUCCCUCUGUGGACAGCGUGGGGAAGGGAAUGAAAGUGAAGCAUCUAGACGAAUCAAAACAGAAUUGCUUGUGCAGAUGCAGGGGGUGGGACACAAUGAUGACAAAGUUCUUGUUCUUGCUGCCACUAACACUCCUUAUGCUCUUGAUCAGGCUAUAAGGCGGCGAUUUGACAAGCGUAUUUAUAUCCCUCUACCAGAUGUGAAGGCACGGCAGCACAUGUUCAAGGUGCAUUUAGGAGACACUCCUCAUAAUCUGAAUGAAAGCGAUUUUGAAAGCCUAGCUCGUAAAACGGAAGGUUUUUCUGGUUCAGAUAUUUCUGUCUGUGUUAAAGACGUCCUAUUUGAGCCUGUACGGAAAACACAAGAUGCAAUGUUCUUCAUCAAGACACCCAGUGGCUCAUGGGUGCCAUGUGGACCCAAGCAACCUGGUGCUGUCCAGAUAACCAUGCAGGAGCUUGCUGCAAAAGGACUUGCUGCACAGAUCAACCCACCUCCUAUAUCGAAAACAGACUUUGACAAGGUGCUCGCAAGGCAACGACCAACUGUGAGCAAAUCUGAUCUCGAAGUGCAUGAGAGAUUCACAAAGGAAUUUGGCGAGGAAGGCUGACCGACGAACAUGAGGAGUGAACGUGUCCUCUUUUUUCGCACGUCUAUAGAUUUCAAUGGUGACGAGGCACUACCCUCGCGCUCGGAUGAGCAAGCUGCAGGCGACACUUACUCCUUCUGGUAUGCGAAGGCAGGAGAGACUGCUGUUGCUGGUCGCUGUUCUGCCAUUUUUCAUGUAUUCAGAUCAACGGUUGCUGAUGAUGGUAGUGGAGUAGCUGCUAUAAGAGACUCAAAGAAAUAGUUUCUCUCUUUGUCCACAAAAAAUAGUCCCAUUUUUUCAUUUUGACCCUCCAUGUAAAUUUGUCUCAUUUUUUAAUCUAUGAAAACUUUCUCACCGCGUUUUCUCU